CCUAUUUUGGGGCAGAACGCAAUCAGCUGUUUUUUCGUCGACGAAAACAAAUUGGUUGAUUCGCUAGUUUUAGAUUUAAAAAGGUGAAAUACAUGGAUUUUCCGGAUAAAAUGGACUUGGAGAACGAAAGGGUGCUAAAGCUGAUAUUUCCCGAUGGAGUUCCAGACAAUCUGCGUGGCAAUCCGGAGCUGGACAAUUAUUUGGCCAAACUGGGCACCUGCAAGGUGGAGCAGCUAAAGAAGGAGCAGACGCGGCUGGCGGACGAGGCGCGCAGCAUCCUAGAGCAGACGCAAGACCUGGCCAUCUCGAACUACAGAACAUUCAUCACCACGGCGGAAAACUCGCGUUCAAUCUUCAGUGAAUUCCUGCGUUCGGAGCAGCAAUUGGACACGCUGGUGGACAAGUUGCCGGACCUCAGUGUCCAGUGUGAGCGCUUCCUGCAGGACUCUGCUGAGUUGAAUGAGCAGCGGCGCCUUAAUUCGAUUACGCUGCAGAAAAACGCUCAACUGCUGGAAGUUUUGGAGCUCCCGCAGCUCAUGGAGCGCUGCAUCCGCGAAGGACGCUACGAGGAGGCACUUGAGCUGGCUGCCUAUGCCACGCGUUUGGGCCAGCACCAGGGUCACAUUCCCGUAGUUACAAGCAUCGUGCGUUCGGUGGAGGCCUUGUGGCACACCAUGCUGGUGCAACUGGUGGCCCAACUGCGAACGGAUCUGCAACUGCCCAAGUGCCUGCAGAUCGUGGGCUAUCUGCGACGCAUGCAGGCCUUCGGGGACAACGAGCUGCGACUCAAGUUUCUGCAGGCCAGGGACGCCUGGCUGACAUCCUGCUUGGAAGCCAUUCCCAGUGGAGAUGCCCAGCAACACCUUACCAAAACCAUCGAGAUCACGCGCAUCAACCUGUUUAACAUCAUAACCCAAUACCGUGCUAUUUUUCCGGAAGAGGAGGGUAACCUAAAAACGCAGAGUUCGUUGAAGCCUUUGCAGGGAGUCAGCUGUAAUGGAGACCGACUUUUCCAGGCCUGGCUGCACAACAAGAUCAACGACUUUUUGCAAACCCUAGAGCGUGAUCUUCAGCUGGGAGUGGGCUCCGUGGAAACGGUUCUGGGUCAGUGCAUGUACUUCGGAUUGUCUUUCAGUCGCGUUGGCGCAGAUUUCCGUGCGCUGAUGGCCCCCAUAUUCGUGGGUGUGAUUCGUCGACGGUUUGAGAACAGUGUGGAGCAGGUGAACGAGCAGUUCGAUCGGGAGCUGGAGAGAUUCACGCUGAUCAACAAGGUGGCGCUGCACUCCCACGCCCGCAAGCAGGUGGAUCCCGAGCAGGAGUCCUUUGCCCCACCGGAAACGCUGCUGGAUUUCUAUCCGCUAGCCGCUUUGUGCAAUGGAUACCUGAGUGCCUUGAACGAGCUGCGGCUGUGCGCUCCCUUGGCCUUGGCCACCGAUGUUACCCGCUGCCUGCAGCACUCCUUGCAACUGGCCGCCCAGCGCGUGCUCGCCUUCUACCGCCAGGAGCAGCAGGCCUUCGCCGGCAGCGAACGGGAGGCGUUCACGCGGCUCUGCUCGUGCCUCGCCUACGAUUUGGUGCCCUACGUGCAGCGCUGCGUCCACGGUGUCUUUCCGCCGCAGUCGCUCACCGUUCACUUGGGCAUAAGUCUGCUGCAGCUGGAGCAGCAGCAGCUCACCUACUUGGAGCAGCCGCGCAUCCUGGAGCCCCUGAAGCACCUUCUGCCCACCAAGGCGCUGGUGCAGCCGCAGGAAACCUCCUUGGAAACGAAGCCAAGUGUUGGUAUUCCCGUCACUGCGGAGGGAUAAUGCAAACUAAAUUAGAGCUUGAGUGAAAGUAAUGUAAUUUAUUAGUUGUUAAACAUAUUCCAAUAUUUAUAUGUCUUCAAAAUGCUUAGAUUGUAACUUUUAAAGGAAACAUAUAAAUCAAAAUUGUUCAUAUAUACAAAAGUGAAAAUACUUGUAACCUUUCUCGUUUUCUUGUAUUAUUAUGAUUCUAGAAUUAUGUUCUUCAAACAAUAAAGCUUAAUAUUUUUGAGAUUG